GAUUAAUACUCAGCUCUCACGCGCAGUAUUUCCUUUUCCGUGCUGCAAGAUGCACAUCUCUACUUGCGCAACUACAACGUCAUGACCACACUUGUUCGGCGCGAGCCAAGCUCGCCGUGGGCAGCAGGAAGCUCGCUCGAGAGCCUCCCCGAAGAACUACUGCAGCUCAUAGUAUCCCAUUUUAACACCACAGACCUCAAGAGGGCUGCCCUCACCUCCCACACCCUUCACCGCCAUGCGACCGACCUUCUCUGGCAGAACGUCUGUUUGGUGGACAAGCGGACGCUGCAUAUGAAUGAUUGUACAGAUGAAUCCUCGAAAGAGCGAGCCCGCGGCGAGUCAGACGAACACGAUGAUACUCCUAUAAUCGAAAAGUUGUACAUACUGGCUACCAAUCCCACGCUGGCCUCGAAGGUCCGAACUCUCACGCACCGCUGCCAUCUGCCCACGCCGAAUAUAUUCACCGAGCUCCCACGCAUGCACCUUGAUGCCGCGAACCUCUCCACCGACACAAAACUCCAUAAACUGCUCAGGGUGGCAAUUUGCAACUUGGUCAACGUGCACACCCUACGCAUUGUAUACGGACAUUGGCAUUUGACAACUGGUCUUAUCUCAGGCUUCCUAGACCAUAAACGGCCGCGGGUGGUCCCACUGCGAAAGCUAUGGCUGGAGUGCUGUGCCUUUGACAUAAGAAAUUCAAGCUUCCUGGGACCUGCCAGCGACACUGGACUGGAAUCCGUCAGGCUACGCCGUCUCAGAGCAGAAGCAUGGGAUGCUGGGAACAGACAUGAAAUGGCGUGGCUAGACAUGAAGCUUGCUCGUGGAGGUCAUUACUACGAGGUGCACAAUGGCGCAGGCGCCUGGGUCGGUACGACAGUCGAGUUCUCACAGAAAGAUCUGCCAGUUCAGCUCAUGGCGCCCACGCCGGGAGCGAUGACAGCUGUGGGAAGAGCGUUUGACGAAACGAUUUGGAAAGAACUUCCUGGAAUCCAUGAGUUUGUUGACAGCUUGCCUGCCGAUACCGUCCCAAGAACACCUACGGUACCAAAGCGCCCAAUGCAAUGGUUGUUCCAGUUCUCACAGUCGACGCUGACCCGGCUUGAUCUCGAUUGGAUACUAUGGCGCCAACGAGAGCACGAUGACAAACGUGAUGAAUCGAGUGUAUUCCUGAAGGGCCUAGCUGCGCUCAGAUUCCCACAUCUGGUCGCCUUCCAAAUGCGCAACGCUGUGCUGCCGCUGACCAAGCUUCCUAACGACGUUUUCCUUUUAGAAGACACAUUCCUUACCUUCUUGGAAGAGCAUCCUAAGAUCAAGUGCCUUGCGUGGCCGCUCGACAAGUUCUACAAUCAUACCAGGCCUUCAGUCGAGACCCAAAGCAGAUGUCGAAUACUAAUCGCACAUCUGGCUAUGGUCUUGACCGACCUGCGUCUCGAUACAUACUACACCGGUAACGGAGAGCCCACGACUGACGACAGCAGUAGUGUUGAAGCCGCCCACCAACGCAUCCGGCGCAGGAGAUUCAUCGUCGAAUUCACACCCCACAUGCGAAAAGUCAAACAAAUCAAACUCGAAGGCGGCAUCCCGCGAGACGAAAAGCGCGAAAUCCUACGCGCUCUACACUAUUGCCCCCUCCAGAAAAUCGUUUUCAUCGGCGUCUCUUUCCCCGUGGGCAACACCUGGGGCGCCGGCGGCGCGCGCCUGAAAGCCCUCGACGCCGGGCACACUUCAGACUUCGCAUGGGACCUCGAAGAAGAAGACAGCGCGGGCAUGCUGGCCGCUUACAAGCGGCGCCCUGCGAUCCCCUCGCCCUUCACAUUCGUCCCAGAAUUCGGAUGGAGCGCUGAACCUCCGCUCUUGCACACACUCGCCCUGCACCACGCGUCCACGAUCCAGGAACUCAAGAUCUGCGGCUACAAUGGCUGCCCCAUCCUCUCGCACCUCACACCGGACACCACGCCACUCCUCGCCCCGCUCCUACAAUACCACAGUCUGCGCCAGAUCGUGGUCAGUUUCUGGCUGCUGACGUUCUUCGAGGACACGUACCGCGAUGUCGAGAUUAUACAGAGCUGGAUGGACACGCGCUCACCCUCCAGCACAGCCCUCGUCAUCGUCACGCCCCCGCGCAGCCCGGGAGUCGAACACCCCGUCGACGGCGCCAUGAUGCCUGCACCGGAACCCAGCGCGCCGCGGCAAGAAUUCAAUCGCUGGGCCGUAGCACUCAAAACGCGUUUCACGCCCUCCGCGCUCGCGUAUAGGGUUGCAAGCGACAUUGGCCCGUUUUUGAGCCCCGUGGCGAAGGCCAGAGACGGUGGUGUGAGGGUGCGAGCGAGUUUUUGUCUGGGGGCACGCGAGGAGAGGAGGGUUGCGAAUGAUAUUUUUGAUUUGGAUAUUAGGGUGGGUAGGAAUGAUCAGGUGUUGGAGUUUGUGGGGCCUAGGGAGGAGGGGGAGAGGGGGAGGUGGUGGGCGAAGAUGGAGGGGAGGCAGUGGUUUUGA